AGAACAGGCGCACGGUCAUUGGGCCUUCCUCUGCUUUUGAUUUCAAGGAUCUGGGUUCUUCCACUAGCGAGGCGUCGGGGCGCGUCAAUAGCAGCGGCGGCGGCAGUGGCAGCGAAAGUGCUCAAGCUCAUCAUCAGAACCAGAGCGAUGGCUUGCCGCGCGCUAUCUAG